CGAUCGAUCCAUUGUGGACGCCGGGCUCACAUAACGAGAAAAGUUAAGGGACAAAAUCUUAUCGGGGGUCGUCGAAGAUGGACGCUCGUUCUGCUGCGCUUUUGCUGCCAUAAAUCAGCUUGGACACACAACUUUCUCGUCACAGUUUAUUCUAUCAUCGCUCUCUAAAUUUCGUCCAGCACCUCUAUCCUAGCGUUCCUUUUACCCGAUUGCGACCCAAUUCCGGCUGUAUCUAUAUACUGCUCGAAAACUAAAACACUGCAUCUUGUCAAUGAAAGAUUGUAACGACGCUGUCCAAAUUCUAAUAUGUUUUAUUACUUUGAAAUGUGCACAAAGAUACUUUUUAAUAUCAUUUUUUUCCCUUCUUUGAUUUUUCGUUCCGUUGAACAGCUGUGACUUUUGAUAUGUUCUUAUGACCCUAUUGAGUCUUGCCCACAAAAUAUUCGAGCAGAACCCAAAAUGAACUAUGUCUGAGCCCCCUUCUCCCGCCAAAAGCAAAUGCAUGAGUCAUGACUUCCGGACAGCCACAAGGCUGAGAGGUCGAGCCCAUGGAUGGUACAGCUGCUAGAAAAACUCAAAAGGCUGACAGAGAAAAACUGAGGAGGGACCGGCUCAAUGAACAGUUUGUAGAAUUGGGUAGCAUUUUAGAUCCUGAUAGGCCCAAAAAUGACAAAGCAACCAUUCUUGCUGAUACAAUCCAAUUGCUGAAGGACCUUACUUCACAAGUUAGUAAACUUAAAGAGGAAUAUACUACGCUGACUGAAGAAUCCCAAGAGUUGACUCAGGAGAAAAACGAUCUUAGGGAAGAGAAGGCUUCACUUAAAUCAGACAUUGAGAGCCUGAAUAACCAAUACCAGCAACGACUCAGGACUGUGUUCCCUUGGACUGCAAUGGAUCACUCAGUUAUGAUGGCUCCACCUUCAUAUCCAUAUCCAGUGCCAGUGCCACUGGCAGUCCCUCCUGGGCCAAUUCCCAUGCAUCCACCCAUGCAGCCAUACCCCUUCUUUGCAAAUCAAAAUCCUGGGGUCAUCCCAAAUCCGUGUUCAACAUUCGUUCCUUAUCUGGCCCCAAAUACUCUUGAACAUCAGUCCACGCAAUAUGUAACCCCCCCACCUCCUCCAGGUUGCCAUUCCCAUGCGUCAGGAACACAGGAUUCCAGAAAUAAAUCAUCCAGGGAGAGCAAGGUUGAAAAUGAUGGAUGUGCUAAUGAUGUCACCACAGACCUGGAAUUGAAAACUCCUGGAUCUACGACAGAUCAGGAGUUGUCAUCUGGGCAAAGAAAAUCCAACAAGUUGUCCGCGAAGGAAAACAAUUACACAGAAGGGAGUUCAUCCGGCAGGUGUUCUUCAUCUCAUAGCAUACAGGAUAGCUCAUCAAGUAGCGUAGUUGGGAGCAGAAAAGCUGAUGAAUGAGAAGAGAUUCAACUUUAGAGAAGGUGCUUGUACAUUUUGAAUAUAGUCUGAAGCUUUUCAUCCUUACAAAUAUUGCAAGGUUCCGAGGGAACUAGGUCGCUUGGCUCCCUUCUACGGGAAGGUCUUACAAGCAGUCGUAAGAGGAAUGACAUUUUAACUCUUGAAUCUAGAAUUCAACACCUAAUUAAGGUUUAGGAGUGUUAUGUUACAUUUUAAAUACCAUGUGAUUGGGUCUUAGUUCAAAGAUAAACUGUAGAGUCUCCAAGUUUUAAAUGGUAGCUAAUUUCGAAUCAGAAGAGUGGCAGGUUCAAUUGUAAUAUUUCCUGGGCAUUGUACAAUAUUGAGAUUUCGUUUCAAUUGCUGUAUAUCUAGUUAUUUGAUUGCCAAGGAGGUAUGGCUUCAUAAAUUCUGAAUGUCAUGUGUUGUCGACUCAUUGAUCUGCGAAUUGCUGUAAAGUUGAAAACCUGUGUGAGUAACAAGCAUUCAAGUUGAUACCA